GCGGCUGGCCCACAGUCCAUUGCCUGCCAGGGGCCAAGAGCUGCUCUGACUACCCAAGGACUCUAUUUUUCAACCCAAGUGCCUUCAACUGACCCCUGACUCCUGACCUCUGGCCCCAGCUGCCCUGCCCUGCCCUGCCCUUCCUAAGGGGCCGGGAAGCCCCUAGAAGCUUCACUGUAGACGUGGGCAUUGACACCUGGCUCCCCUCAAGAGCAAAGUCUGUGCAAGGGGCUCGGUUCUCAGGCCCCAGCCUGGCCCACCAUGGCACAGCGGCUCCAGGAUGAACUGGCUGCUUUCUUCUUUGAGUAUGACACUCCCCGAAUGGUGCUCGUGCGCAACAAGAAGGUGGGCGUCGUCUUCCGCCUGAUCCAGCUUGUGGUUCUUGUCUACGUCAUUGGGUGGGUGUUUGUCUACGAGAAGGGCUAUCAGACCUCAAGUGGCCUCAUCAGCAGCGUGUCUGUGAAACUCAAGGGUCUGGCCGUGACGCAGCUCCCAGACCUGGGCCCGCAGGUCUGGGAUGUAGCUGACUACGUCUUCCCAGCCCAGGGGGACAACUCCUUCGUGAUCAUGACCAAUUUCAUUGUGACCCCCUACCAGGCUCAAGGCUACUGUGCAGAGCACCCAGAAGGGGGUACAUGCACAGAUGACCGUGGCUGCACUCCAGGGAAGGCAGAAAGGAAGGCUCAAGGCAUCCGCACAGGCAAGUGUGUGGCCUUCAACGACACUGUGCAGACAUGUGAGAUCUUUGGCUGGUGUCCUGUGGAGGUGGAUGACAAUGUCCCACGUCCUGCCCUUCUCCAAGAGGCCGAGAACUUCACUCUCUUCAUCAAGAACAGUAUCAGCUUUCCACGCUUCAAGGUCAACAGGCGCAACCUGGUGGAAGAGGUGGAUGCGGCCUACAUGAGGACCUGCCUCUAUCACAAGAUCUUGCACCCGCUGUGCCCUGUGUUCAAGCUGGGCUAUGUGGUCCAAGAGUCAGGACAGAAUUUUAGCACCCUGGCUGAGAAGGGCGGGGUGGUUGGCAUCACCGUCGACUGGAACUGUGACCUGGACUGGCAUGUGCGGCACUGCAAACCCAUCUACGAGUUCCAUGGACUGUAUGAGGAGAAAAACCUGUCUCCAGGCUUCAAUUUCAGGUUUGCCAGGCACUUCGUGGAAAACGGGACCAACCACCGCCACCUCUUUAAGGUGUUUGGGAUUCGCUUUGACAUUCUCGUGGAUGGCAAGGCUGGGAAGUUUGACAUCAUUCCCACAAUGACGACCAUUGGCUCUGGGAUUGGCAUCUUUGGGGUGGCCACGGUUCUCUGUGACCUGUUGCUCCUCCAUAUCCUGCCCAAAAGGCACUACUAUAAGCAGAAGAAGUUCAAGUACGCGGAGCACAUGGGGCCAGGGGCGGGUGAGCGUGACCCUGCAGCCACCAGCUCCACCCUGAGCCUGCGGGAGAACAUGAAGGCAUCCUGACCCUCAGCCCCUGCCUCUUGACUGGACACAGCAUGAGGCUUCAGGCAGGGGCCCUGCUGGGGGCCCAGGACAGAACGGUCUCCGCAGGAGCUCUCUACGCUCUUAGCCAGGAAGACACUAGGCCUCGGCAGCCCAGAGGGGACACUGGGAGAGACCUGAGCAAGUCUGGGCUCUGGCCCCAACUCCACAACCCCAAAGGGAGCUUCGCACCAGCCUCAGCCACUCCUGGUCUAGAGGGGCUGGGGCUGGGCAGGGAUCCUCUCACACCCCUCCAUCAGAGCUGUGUGCUUCUCUCUGGGCCCUCAUGCACCGCAUUGCCUCGUGUCUCCAGAUCCAUGCUUUCCCAUAUGGCAGACACUAGCCACGAUGACCAUUUAAAUUUAUAUUAAUUUAAACCGAAUAAAAUAAAAAAAUCAGUUUCUAAAACUAGCCACAUUACAACUGCUAAAUAGAGACAUGUGCCUAAUGGCUGCCAUAUUGGACCACAUAGACUAGUGCAGCAAGUUCUAUUGGACAGCUCUGCUUGAGCCCUGUUUCUUACUGGCCCCAGAUUUUCCUAGGGAGCUUAUCAACAGUGCAGGCACCCGGGUCUACCUCAGAUCUCCUGAACCAGAAUCUCUAGGGCUGGCCACAGAUAUGCAAGGAUGGCAAACUCCCCAGGCCAUUUCAAAGACUGAAGUUUAGGAACCGUUCCCGAUUGGGUAUCAGAUUUAGUCUGGGCCUGCCUGACCUGGCAGCUGCAGGUUUUGCGUAGGUGUGUGGUAUACCUGCAAGUCACAUGGUCUCACGUACACACCCCCAUGUCCACACUCAUCUGCAUGCGUACCCCCCUCCCAUCCACACUCUGGUUUUGAACAGCUUGGGCCCUGCAAACACAACUAUCUGAACGUACCUACACCCUCAAGUACAGACACAUGGUCCAUGCCACAACACUUCCAUGGAGACGUGCUUCUCCCUAAGUGCGUCAGGCCAGGACAGUCCCUUCAAGCCAUGAAUCCUCACUCAGCUACCUUGGGUUGGGUUGGAGCCCUGGCCAAAUCCUGGGCUCCCUGCUUGUGGCCCAGCCUCAGCACCUAAGGCCUGCCCAAUUCUGUCUGAACACAAGGUCUGGGAGAAGGGAGGGGUGGAGUACAAUAAAAGGAAGGAGGACAGACUUCUGCCUUCUGUACUUUUCCCCACUUUUCCCUCUCUGAAACUAGGUGUCCCCAUCUGUGGAAUGCGGGGCUGAGCUGAGAGAUCUUUGAGAUCCUCUGGAUCUCUUGGUAGACAGUGGUGAGUCGCCACUUAGGCCCUGAGCCCAGCAGGGUCAGUGCUGGAGAUCAGCUCACCUCUGUCCAUGGGCCACUGUACCCAAACAUUGGAGCUCUUUCUGGUCCUCCAUGUACCCCUCCCACAGCUUUGAGAGGCCUGGAACUCAGACAGCAGACACUCUCCGGAGCGGCCUCAGGAAAGCAGGAAUAAGAACGGGGCUGGCUGCUCCAGGAGAGAGACCUGAGGGAAUCUCAACGAGGGGAGGAAGGUCUUGAAUGGACAUAGUGUGGAAGGAUUUUCCAGGGGCCCUGCAGUGGGCAAGACCUGCAGUCUGGACCUAUGGCGAGGCAGGGUCUCUGGGAACCCCCCAUCACCACACUCUAUCUAGACCAGUGCUGUCCAAUAGCAAUGAUGGAAACAUUCUCUAUCUGUGCUUCCCAAAAUAGUAUUCACUAACCACAUGUGGCCACUAAAUACUUAAAAUGUGGCUAGUGUAACCAAGGAACUGAAUUUUUAAUUUUAUUUACUUUUAAUUAAUUUAAAUCACCACACAUGGCUAGUGGCAGUAAGAAACAAUAUCGGACAGCACAGGCCAGCCCCCUCUCUGUCCUUCAGGCCCUUGACUUUCUGCCCUCUUCUCCAGCUAAGACCCAUCCUUCGGAUUUUACAGGACAGAAACUCCCUCUUCUUCCCUCCUUUUGUUCUCCAGUCCUGCCUGCUUUUGCACCUCCUGCCCCCUUCCCUCCUGAAUGAUCCGAGGAUUCCUCCUUUAUAUCCAACCCUUCUAUCCAGCCCAGAGGCCUCCCGGCAGAGGCUACCUUACCUCUCCAGUACCUGCAUCUGCUCCUCCCUUCUGCCUCCUCCCGGCCCUCGUUCCUCUGCAGCUCUGCCUGCUCUACCUUCACUGCCAACGUUCCAGAAAGACCUACACGUCUACACUUCCCUCUGCAUCCCACCCUCUGCAACUGGCCUCCAGCCCCCACCCCCACUUCUCCUAAAUGCCCUUGUCAAGGUUACCAACAGUCCUUGCUGCCAAAUCCAAGCAGACCCUUCAGCCCAGAGCCUGCUUGGCCUGUCAGUCUCUGACACUGUUGACCAAGCCCUCUUUUGUGGAAAGAUUUCCUUCCAACAGCUCCCAGGACCCACCCUCUCCUGAUUUUCCAGCCAGACCAGUAUACAGGGAAAAGACAGGUUUCAACCGCAGCUCUGCCAAGGGUCACUGUAUGUCCUCAGGCAAGUUGCUGAACCCUCCAAGCCUCUCUGUGAGUCAGGGACAAUAAUAGCCUCUCCUCAGGUUGGGGUAAGAUAAGAUCUGUAAAGUGCCUAGCACAGAGCCUGACAUACCAGUAGCGCUCUGUCUCUCCAUCCAGCCUCCCUUUCAAUGGUGGAGUCAGCUAGUGUCCCUGGGUACCUCUUCUGUCUACGAGGAUGCAACCCUUGGUUCUUAGCUGGGUAUGUGGCUGCCUAGCAUAGAAACUGCAUUUCCUGCCUCCUCUUGCGGCUGGGGCUGGUCAUGUGACUAAGUUUUAGCUAAUGGGAUAUAUGUGGAAGUACCAUGUGACACCUUUUGGGAACUUCCCUUAAAAGAGAGCUGGUGCAGAUUCUUUGCCCUCUUCUUCAUCCUUGUCUUCAUCCACUGCCUGGAAUGCAUAUGUGAAGGCUAGAGCUUCAGCCACCACCCUGAACCAUGAGGACAAGCGUCAUAGUUUGCUGGAGCAGUAAGUGGAAAGAGCCACAUCUGGAAGGUCUUUGUGGAGCAGAGCUGACCUACUGGCCUUGGUCUGUCUUCUCUGAGGCUCUUAUGUGGGAUUUCUGGUACCUGAGUCAAAAUUGAUCCUACUUGGUGCAGAAAUCUUUCCUCCUUAAAAACUUGAGUGUUCUGUCCUUGACCUCUGCUUUAUUUGCUCUGAGUUAUCUCACCCUUUCCCAUGGCUAUACUUACAAUUAUGGGUCUUUUCUGACAACUUCCAAAACUGUCUUUCUGGCCCAGCCCUCCUUCCUGAACUCUAGUCCCACAUAUCCAACCUGGGUGCCACAUCUGAUUAUUCAUUAGACAAACAUCUUUUUUUUUUUUUAAGAUUUUUAUUUAUUUAUUUGAGAGAGAGAGAAUGAGAGACAGAGAGCACGAGAGGGAAGAGGGCAGAGGGAGAAGCAGACCCCCUGCUGAGCAGGGAGCCCAAAGCAGGACUCGAUCCUGGGACUCCAGGAUCAUGACCUGAGCCGAAGGCAGUCGCUUAACCAACUGAGCCACCCAGGCGCCCCUAGACAAACAUCUUUUGAGCACCCACAUGCUCAUGAUGUGUCAGACUGUAUGUUGGGUGAAUUAGACACAGACCCUGUCCAGAGGGGGAACAGGCAAGUAAACGGAUCCUAAGUACAAGGAAAUCCCUAGGAGGGGCUGCUAACCCAUGCUGAGCAGUGAGGAGGUCAUAGGGAAGGACUCCUGGCAGAAAGGACAUUGAACCAAGCCCUGAAAGGGGUGAGACAGGUAGGUGGUUGGGACUGAGAUCAUGGAGGGCUUGUUUGGACCUAUUCUCAGGAUACUGAUGAGCCACAGAAGAUUCCUAAGCAGGAGCUAAUUAGUUAGACUUAGGUUUCUGAGAGAUAGCUCUGGAGGCCAAGUGGAGAAAGGCCAGUAGGAGGAGUGAGACUGGAUGGGGAUGGGGCUGCUGCAGCAAUCCAGGUAUACAAAGAUGGUGGCCUGAGCUAAAAGAGAGGUAGAGAGCUGGAGAGAAAUGAAUGGAUUCCAGUGAUAUUUAAGAGCCAGCCUGAGCGGGGCUCGUUGGGGCUAGGGUGACUCCUAGUUUUCUGGCUCCAGACUGAGACAGGGACACAAGAGGCCAGGUUUGGGGGAGUGAUAUGGAGCUCUGUUUUGGGCAAGUGGUGGGGUGAGGUGCCAGAGGAUUCACAAAUGAACUUAGCAUAACUGAACCAAGAGCUGGUGAGCAAUCCAGAGGAGAGGUAUGGGGAUGGGCAGAGUCCCCAGGAAUUGCCACCGUAAAGGUCAGGACGUCCUGACCUCUGUCCCAGCUAGGCCAUUCCUGCCGCCUGUUUCAUAGAGCUCUUCCCCAAACAUGAAUCCGACUAU